AUGACGAAUGUUACUACUAAUCAUUAUACAUGGUUAUCAUCGAUGAGUUUUUCUACUAAUACAAUUUAUUUAUUUUUAAUAUUUAUUUCACUUGUUUGGAAUGCUUAUAAUACAUAUCAGCAUCAAAUUUUAAUUAAAAAGCAAUUAAAAUUAGAAAAUAUUCUUGCCGAAAUAUUACCUUUACCAUCUUCAUUAUCAUCUUUUAAUCACAUACAAACGGCUACAACAACAACAACAACAGAAUCAUCAAUCCAACAAUGGUUCACAAAAGUUCUUCAUCUGAUUCAUCAAUUAACAUCAGAAAAUAUGACAAACAAUAGCAAUAGUAAUAUUAUUGCCAAGCCAUAUAGGAAUGUAGUACGUCAACGACGGCAAGUUCAAGAGUCACAACAAUCUAAUUGUUUUUGUCCUCCAGGUUCCAAAGGCGAAAAAGGCGAUCGUGGUUUUGCUGGAUUUCCAGGUGAAACAGGGCCAAAAGGUGAACGUGGUUUUCCAGGUUCAAUAGUUUGGAAUGGAUUAAAAGGUGAAAAAGGUGAACCAGGACGCGAUGCAGAAUCAAAUCGUCCAGGAAUGUCAUCAUCAUCAUCAUCAUCAUCGUCUCAAGUCAAGUACAUUCCAGGUCCACCCGGUCCACCUGGUCCGCCAGGACCUAAAGGUGAUAUGGGUCCGAUUGGACCUAAUGGCAUCGGUGAAACUGGACCACCUGGACAAGAUGGUUUACCCGGCGAGAAGGGUGAAAAAGGUGAUCGAGGACCUAUAAUUCGACCAAAAGUACGCAGGUUUGUCGUCAUGAAAGGUGAUCCAGGGCCACCAGGCAUUAAAGGCGAGCGUGGUGAUUUUGUUGUUGGACCUAAAGGUGAUCGUGGUGCUCCUGGUUUACCCGGAAGUCCAGGAAUACCAGGACAAAAUGGUCGUGAUGGUAUAGAUGGACUAAGAGGUGAAAUGGGUUUUCAAGGACCACCAGGAAGAAAAGGAGACCGUGGUGUCAAAGGUGAACCAGGAUUUAUUCAAAAAGUUGAUUUCAAUUCAACACAUAUCGUUCUAGUGGGUCCACCGGGUCUUCCAGGACCAAAAGGACGCAUUGGUCUUCCUGGUCAACCAGGAUUAGAUGGAGAAAAAGGAGAUCGAGGAGAUUCUGGUCCAUUGGGAAUGACAGGACCAAAAGGAGAUGGUGAAAAAGGUGAUCAAGGCAAAGGAGAAAAAGGAGAUCGUGGUCCAAUGGGUUUGCCUGGUUAUUCAAUGCAUAUGCUCGAUAUGCCUAAAAAACGUUCAACGGGUAAUCGAGGUGAACAAGGUUUACGAGGUCCACCGGGAGAAAAAGGAGAAAAAGGUGAAGAAGGUCGAGAAGGACGACGAGGUUUACGUGGUCGACCAGGUUUACCAGGCCCAGCUGGAAUGGAUGCAUUACCAUGUCCACGUGAACUUUUAUCUAAUUUUGAAAAUGCAUGUCAUUUAUGUUGUAAAAAUCCAUAA